GCAAAAUUCGCACUAUUUUCUUGGGACACAUCAAGUCAACUGUUUAUACUGAAAAACGAUUGUUUAUCGACAAUGUUGUCAAAAGUGCUAGCCCUCUGCGCGCUGUUGUCGGCGUGCCAGGCCCUAUUCCCUUUCCACCACCACCACCAUCACCACCCCGCGAUCAGCCACCAGGACCUGCACAAACACGUGGGUCCCCACCACCCGAUCCACCACCACAUUCCCAUCCACCAUCACAUUCCUAUCCACCACCCGAUUCCUAUCCACCACCCGAUCGAACCUCUACACCACCACCUUCCAAUCCAUCACUUGCCUAUUCACCAUGAUCACUAUGCGUUCCCAGAAUAUAAGUUCUCCUAUUCAGUGCACGACCACCACACCGGCGACGUGAAGUCCCAGCAUGAGGUCCGACACGGAGACGUGGUGAAAGGUGGCUAUGAGCUGGUGGAACCCGACGGCAGGUUCAGGAAGGUGGAGUACAAGGCGGAUGACCACACCGGAUUUAAUGCCAUCGUCCAUCAUUCCUCGCCUCAUCAUCAUGUUCAUCACCAAAUAUAAAUUCACAUUGAUACUGCUAGCGACAUCAAUAUCCGACGUCCACUUCGCCUAUAAGACUGAUUUGUCUGCGUCUAAGCAAGUCUAUAAAGAAAUUAAUAAAAUAAAUAAAAAUAUUAGCGCUAAUAA